UACAGCUUUCAUCUCUGAACUGAUCUCACCAGUAAUAAGUAACUUUUUCUUCUUCCUCUUCUCUGCCAAGGCUCACGUUACUCUGCUUAAUCUUAAUCCAUCCAAUCCAUAUGGGAUAGCAGCCCAGCCCCACCAGGGCCACAACCUCAAAUACUAUUGAUUAUAUCUGUGACAUGCCACGACUCAUUUGACCUUUCUCUCUCUGUGUCAGUCUUCUUGCUGGGGAUCUCGGAUUUCUAUUUCUUCACUCUCAGAUUCGACCUCCAACCACUUCAUUCAUCUCCCUUGAGCUUUUUUUUUUUCCUAUUCUAGAUGUCUGAACCGGAGCUGCCAUUGCAACAGUUGAUGAUUUGUCAGUUAUUGAGGUGAUGGUCUCCCCUCCUUCCCCAUUCUGACAAGUGAUCAGGACACGGCAUUCCUGGUUAGUUCUUAGCUUUAGGUGGAACUUAUAUGUGCCUGAGAUGGUGAUUUAGUGGCUACUGCUAGGAGUCAAUACGUUGUGGCCAGUUUGAAAAACAAAGAAUGUCCAAGAUGAUCAACAAACCGCUUGUGCUGACUUAUCUUUACCUAUUUAUCUACAUUCUGCUUUCCUCUGGAGUUAUAUUAUACAACAAGUGGGUUCUCUCCCCAAAAUAUUUCAAUUUUCCACUUCCUAUAACGCUUACUAUGAUUCACAUGGGAUUUUCUGGAGCCGUGGCAUUUUUUCUUGUCCGCGUGUUCAAGGUUGCAACUCCUGUCAAAAUGACAUUUGAAAUAUAUGCAACUUGUGUAAUACCGAUAAGUGCCUUUUUUGCUUCAAGUCUUUGGUUUGGGAAUACUGCAUACUUGCAUAUUUCGGUAGCCUUCAUCCAGAUGCUCAAAGCUCUAAUGCCAGUGGCAACAUUUAUAAUGGCAGUUAUGUGUGGCACCGACAAACCAAGGUGUGACGUCUUCUUGAACAUGCUGCUAGUCAGUGUUGGAGUUGUCAUUUCGUCAUACGGGGAGAUUCAUUUUAAUGUAGUUGGUACACUUUACCAGGUAACGGGCAUCUUUGCAGAAGCUCUUAGGCUGGUCCUAACACAAGUCCUUCUGCAGAAAAAGGGCUUGACUUUAAAUCCUAUCACCAGCUUAUAUUAUAUUGCUCCAUGCAGUUUUGUAUUUCUGUUCAUACCAUGGUUUCUGCUGGAGAAGCCUGAAAUAGCAGUAUCUCAGAUUCAGUUCAAUUUCUGGAUCUUUUUUAGCAAUGCUCUUUGUGCACUGGCCUUGAACUUCUCCAUUUUCUUAGUGAUUGGUAGAACUGGAGCAGUUACAAUUCGUGUCGCUGGAGUCUUAAAGGACUGGAUUCUCAUAGCCCUUUCGACUGUUAUAUUUCCAGAGUCAACUAUAACCGGGUUGAACAUCAUUGGAUAUGCAAUAGCGCUGUGCGGUGUGGUCAUGUACAAUUACAUAAAGGUUAAGGACGUCCGUGCGUCUCAACUGCCCGCUGAAGGUCUUCCUGAAAGAAUCACUAAGGACUGGAAGUUAGAGAAGAAAUCAUCAGAUAUAUUCGUGCCAAAUGACAGUAGUGAUAUAGGUGGCGGGGUGGGUUCGGCCACUGAAACAUUUGGCGAUGAAGAAGCACCUCUUAUGCCGUCGGCAAGAUUGUCUUAUCUUGGAAGAACACAGCUUGGCAAACCAAAUAUAUAAAUAUAUUUUUAUAUAUAUACAUUUUGCAAGGGAAGAACCAAACCGGACCAGGAAACAAAGAUGAGGCAGUUAUAGUGCAAUGUCAACUAUGUAUUCUUUCCUGUUGGGAGAGAUUCUUUCUUAGAAAGCCUUUAGGAAAUUCGUUUUGUAAUAUUUAAAUUUUGUUUUGUGAGAGAGGUAAAUUGCCAUUUAGAGUGCAUGAACAAGUUGACCACCUCUCUUGAUAAUGAAAACCAAGUGUUUUUUUCCUUUUCUUUUUUGGUAACCCAAAACACUUGUUCUUAUUAGUUAGCAGGUGAACUUGUUUGCUUCUGAAGUAGUUUGUAUUAAAUAUAAAUUCUUCUCGUACACAAUACAGCACCCUUCUGUGCA